UGAAGUUACGUGUUGGGCAAUGGAGAAGUGGAGGCGGUUUGUUUGUUCAGACACAACUCCAAAGUCCAAAUACUCAGUCUUCCUGGGAGAUCCUCUCUGUAGUCUCUUUCUUCUUUCCAUAUUUGAAAGGCUGAGAAACGGGGGUUUGAGUGAACACCCGCUGAAGUUGGUUGCUGACCCGUUCACUCCUUUAACGAGAUUUCGAAAUUGGCGGGUGAAUUGUCUAAGGGCCUGUUUGUCUCCUUAUGUUCCUAAAUGAUCCGUUAACGUUUGUCUUAGAUUAAUUUUGAAAUUUAAGAUUAUAAAUCAAUCAAAACACAGAAAAGGAAACAUACAUACUGGGUUUCCUAUUUUAUUUUCUAAAUAAUUUAGGAAAUUAUUUUUUUUUAAGAAAAAAAAAUUAUGCAAAUUAUACCAAAUAUAUAUAUUUAAAAUAAAAAUAAAAAUAAUAAUAGGGAUUUGAGAACGAGUGAUAAAAUAGGGGUGUAGGUGGCGAGAGGUGGUUGGCUCAACGAACGCUUCAACUGCAUCGUUUCGCGGCUCUUAAGGGUUUUGUUGAAAUUCGUGUUUUGUUUUGGUUUCGUCUUCGCUCUACAGGUGUGUCUGGGUUGAGGGGUGUAGGAGACGAAGACGAGGAAGAAGGAUUGUGGAGGUCGUGUGAUCAGGUCUUCGCGUGAAGAUCUGAGGCUUUUGGGGCUGAAAUGAGUGCUUCAAGGUUCAUCAAGUGCGUCACUGUAGGGGAUGGUGCCGUUGGCAAAACUUGUCUCCUUAUCUCCUAUACCAGCAACACUUUCCCCACGGAUUAUGUGCCAACUGUUUUCGACAAUUUCAGUGCAAAUGUGGUUGUCAAUGGGGCCACUGUUAACCUUGGGUUGUGGGAUACUGCUGGGCAGGAGGAUUACAACAGAUUGAGACCUUUGAGUUAUCGCGGGGCAGAUGUUUUCAUAUUGGCAUUCUCUCUCAUCAGCAAGGCCAGCUAUGAAAAUGUUUCCAAGAAGUGGAUUCCAGAAUUGAAGCAUUAUGCACCUGGUGUUCCGAUAGUUCUUGUUGGCACUAAGCUUGAUCUUCGGGAAGACAAGCAGUUCUUCAUAGACCAUCCUGGUGCUGUGCCCAUCUCUGCAGCUCAGGGAGAGGAGCUGAAGAGGCUGAUUGAUGCCCCUGCUUACAUAGAAUGCAGUGCCAAAACACAGCAGAAUAUCAAGGCAGUGUUUGAUCAGGCCAUUAGGGUUGUGCUCCAACCACCCAAGCAGAAGAAAAAGAAGUCAAAGUCUAAGGUCUGCUCCAUAUUGUGAAUAGGUGUAAGGAGACCACAGCUCUCCAUCUACCUCUAUUCUCCCACCAUAUUCAUCAUUUCUGUAUUGUCCUUGAUCAAGGAAGCAGCAGGCCCCCGUGUAUCAUCUUGCGUCAAACAACUAAGAAACAUUGUGAAGCAUCAAGCGACUUGAUCUUUGCUUUCUAGGAAUUGUGAGCUCUAUUUUGUUUGGGGUCACAUUACAUGCUUGCCCACCUCAAUUUUUUAAUUUUGCUUUUGAAUUUCUUUCUAUAUAUUAGUAGAUUGGAAGGAUCCUUGGUAGGAAAACAGCUUUGCUUUGCAUGGACACAAUUAUAUUCAUUACUUUGUAUUCCCUUUAAAAGAUGAUGGAUUGGUUUCAUAAGCACGAAAUUUGCCUCCAAA